AUGGGGAUGCUCGACUCAGCCCUUCUGGGCAUGUUCUUAACACAAAUGAUGUCAGCUGCAGCAUUUUCCGUGAUCGCACCUUAUUAUCCGUCUGUUGCAAGCGAUAAAGGUCUCUCAGGUGAAACAAUUGGCUUAGUAUUCAGUUGCUAUCCACUUGCAGCUUGGGUGACUUCUCCACUAAUCGGAGUGAUUGCUACAAGGUUCGGGAGAAAAAGAACAUUUAUAGCUGGAGCUUUACUGGUUGGCGUGGUGACAACAGCUUUCGCUUUACUUCCCUUAUUUGGAUACGGGAUGUUCACAUUUUUAUCAUUCUUACAAAGGCUGCUUCAAGGAGUUGGAGGAGCUGCUAUUGGUGGCGCAUCAUUUGCAAUUAUUGCAAGUGGGUAUAAAGAGCGUAUGGAGCUCAUGCUAGGAAUUCAGCAAUCCAUGACUUCAUUAGGAAUGAUGCUCGGACCUCUUAUUGGGACGGGACUUUACUACAUUGGAGGGUUUAGCUUUAUGUUCAUCGCCCUUGGAUGCAAUUUUUUAGCUUUUAUUGUGUAUGCCUGCUGGGUUCUGCCUCAAGAUAAGCCUUAUAUGAAAGCAGACGCAGUUGUCAAAAUACAACACCUUAUGAAAAACUCUGGGGUUAUGUCUGUUGGGAUUAUAUUGAUUAUUGCGUUUAUGAAUUUAGCUGCCUUGGCUCCUGUGUUUACUGAGCACUUGACUACGAAUUAUGAUGUCGAGAAAGCAUCUGCUGGGUUCUUUUUUACGAUUCCUUCACUUUCCUAUGCAUGCGUGGUUUUUAUUAUUGGAAGGAUUCCACAAACCGUAUCAAGAAUUAAAAUUAUGAUUUUAGGAUUAUAUGUAAUGCUGCUAGCCAUGAUUCUAGCUGGGCCUUGAAUUAUAAUAGGGAUCCCAAGAAGUUUAGCAAUUGUAGUUAUCGGGCUUAUUUUGCUUGGAAUUGGCCUGGCUUUGAGCAUUCUUCCAGCUAUGCCUAUUAUGGUCAAAAAAGCCCAAGAAGAUAUGCCUUAUCACAACAGCGAGCAUAUUUCUGACGCUGUUACAGGGCUUACUUUAUUUUGUCUUUACUCAGGACAGAUUCUUGGCCCACCAAUAUCAGGGUUUUUCUCACUCCCCCCCUUUAAAUUGAUACAAAAUAUAGGUAAAAUUCUAUUUUUCUGGAAAUUAAUCCCCCUUUAAAUUGGAGCAAAAUUUAAUUUUAUAUAUAAAAAUAAUUUUUAUGUAAAAAGUUUUGAUAUAAGCUAAAUGUUUCUUCUUAACUAAAAUUAAAAAUUUAGUUUAUCUUGCUCUUGUUUAAAGAAGAGAGUAUCAAGAACUUAUUUAAAUAAAUUUAUUAUCCUUUAUUGCUAAAUUUUUAAAAAAAUUUAAAAAAUUUUUCGAUAAAAAUAAUAUUUUUUAUUUAAAUAAUUUUGAUAUAAAUACGAUGCGAAUUCUAUAAAAAAAAAAAAAUUUUACUUAUUUCUUGCUUUAUUUUAAAUAAAUAGCAUCUUAUUUAAACAAAAUUAGCACUUUGAUCGAUAAAUUUUCUAAAUUUUUAUUUUAAUUUUUUUUUAUCAAUAAAAAUAAUAAUUUUUAUGUAAAUAGUUUUUGAUACCAAUUAAUAGUGGCGUAUUAAAAAAUAAUAAAAAUUUAGUUAUAUCUUGCUUUUUUUUGAAGGAUAAAGAGUAAAUAGCAUAUUAUUAAAUAAAUUGAUUAAUCUAAUUCGAUAAAUUUUUGAAAAUUUUUUUUUUAUAAAAAAAUUUUCUUAACUCCCUUUUAAAUUGGAACAAAAUUUUUUGUUCCAAUUUAAAGGGGGGGAGUCAGACAAAAUAGGUUUUGAGAAUGCUUCUGUCUUAAUUGGUUCGGUAAGUCUAAUUUACGCUUUUAUCUUUACCUUCACCUCAAAGAGCCUCAGACCAACAAUAAUGCAGACACUCGAGACGCCUUUAUACCAAGAAAUGGUUUCUGCUAAGAAGUCUGAGCUUGUCAUCAAUGAAGAGUUUUAA